UCGUACCGAAGCGUGUAAAUAUUAUAAUUUAUCUAGUUUUUGUGAAUUGUGUUGAUUGUUAUCUAAUAACGUAAAACUACUGUUAGUACCUACUUCUUAGUUCUUACGUCCAACGUGUUAGCUUAUUAAAUUAACCUUUAAGGUGCAAGGCCCGCAAAAUUCAAAUGUAAUUUGGUUUUUCGCAAUUUGUAAACUAAUACGACAAAGUAGGCGUAUGGUAUCCUAAUAGCGUCAAUGGCAGUAUCAUCUCCACAGUUUCUACACGGCAUCGUACCAGAACGCUAAAUAACUUGGCGGCUCGAUUUCUCGAACGAUGGGCUCUGCCCUCUGCCCGUAGCCACUUAACGAUAAUAUAGCUAUUAUCGACAAUCUUAUCAGUGCGAUAAACACACAAUUAUAUGGAAGGCGUCGGCCACAGUACAUUGUUGAAGUUCUUCCACGAUAAUAUCCCGAGUAACACAAUGUCAGAACGUUCACCGACAAUACAAUCUGAAGUACCACGACUACAGCAAUUAAGAAGUAUUACAGAAACCACACUUGCUAACCCUGAACACAUUACUGAUGAUAUCAAGUAUAGACAUAAUAUUAGAGACGCUAGAAUACCAGCUACUGAAGAGACUGGAAAAGAUUAUACUGUAGAUGAUAAAAAAGAUGUUACAUUACCAGAAGAAGAGAAGGAUCAAAAUGGAGAUUUUGCUAAAUUACCGAAUACUAGUGAGAAAUUUACAGACGAAAAAGUUUCCAGUGCUGCAAAUUUAGCAUCCGAUGACAACACAGUAGCUGACAAAGAUGAUUUUGUCUAUUCGCCAGUGAUUACAGUGACUAAGGAAGAGUCGACCCUGACGAAGGGAGAUCUGAAGCUUCAGAAGGUGGUCGUCUCGGAGGAUAUCGCGGAUAAAUCAAUGAUUAACAACAUGACGACAAGUGUAACUGAGGCAAGUAGUCCUAAUGAAGUCCACACUGAAAUACAUAGCGACGUUUUACCGGUUUUGAUAAGAACUGAUCCACAUCCACACACAAAUGAAAAUAAUGAUAAGCAGAAAACUAAAGUUGAAGAUCAGAAAGAUUUGAAGAAAAACCAAACGAAAAUACCAAAACUCAGGUUUAAACAAGCAGUUGAGAGAAUAAGAAAAGAAAAACAAGACAAAGGAAAUUCAAAAGAUCCCAAGCCAUCUUUGGAACAAAAACGUCGCUCAUCUAUACCAAAACUGAAAGACAUCAUCAAGAACUCAGCACACUCACCGCAAAAAGAUUUUAUUGAAACCAAGAAAGGCCAAGAAUUAGAGUCGCCAAAAGUAGAUGACGAAUUUGACAAAAUUUACGAAGAAAUUAUAGAAAGCGAAGCUUCUAAUAAUAUACCAUCACCUGAAAAAAUUAGCAAUCCAGUUAAACUAGAAUCGAAGUUUGAAGAAAUAAUACACGCUUACGACGAAAAUAAUAUCGAACCAAUUAGUAUAGAGAAGGCAAAGAGUAAAAUCCCACUAUUUAAGCGUAAAAGUGAACAGGAGAUUGAAAUACCGACUCCGAAUCACCGAAAAUAUUCAUUUAAGAGAUCUAAUACAGAAGAUCACAAAAAUAAAGCCCCUGUAGCGAUUACAAAAGAAAAAUCUAUGAAACCUGAUGUCGAAACUGUUAGACACGGGAACAGAAGUGAAACUACUCCAAGCGUAAAAUCAGGAGCUAUUUCAAAGAACAAAACUGAUUCACUUGGUAAUGCUAACCCUACUAUAGUAAAAUCAGAGGCCAUACAAAAAAGUAUUGAAAUGAAAAAAGAACUAAUGACUUCGCUAACAAAAACUGUAGUAAAAUCAGAAAACAUUAGUGAUAGUAACGUAAAUGAUGCUACAAAGUGUAAAAUACCUGUUGCGUUAAAUACAAAAGAUAGUUUGGACACGAAAAUUAACUCAGCUACUCUAAACAAACAUCCAACUAGGUUAAAUAUUAAAGAUAGGAUGUCCCAAACAGUGACUGAUAAGAAAGAUAAAAUAAUGGAUAAAAACUUUGAAAAAGCUCAUCUACAAAAUGCAUUACAUUUCAAAGCACCUACACUUCUCGAGGAAGAAAAGUUCGACAAACAAGAUGUAAAGCGUAUUUUAGGAACGAAGAAUAUUGACGACGAAGUGAUAGCAGAAAAACCAACUUCUUUGUCUCAAGAAAGCGAGACUUCCGAAAUACAAAAUAUGGAUCUUGAGGAACAAAACGGAAUAAAAACUAAGCAUUCUUAUAUGCCUACUAUUCCCAACUCGCUGACAAAAUAUGGAAGAGUCACAAAGACUACAGACAAAGAAACAGUAUCUUCAGAAAACCUCUACAGUACACAAUUAGGUCCACCUUACGCCAAGCCUUACGCACACCUUACAACGAUAAACGGUAACAAACAUGUCAAUGAAUUUUCUCAUUUGACAGAAAACCAAAACUGUCAAGAAACAGAACCUAAAAACAGUAACUUAAUAUUAGAGAGUUCGAAAAGCAAAACAGAUACACUUCUUAAUGUAAAAACUAAUCCGAGUAAUAUACCACAUCUACUUCCGUCUCAAUAUGAAAAUGAAAGCAAAAUUCCUACAAAUGAGUCAUCUCAUUUCAUAGUCAAAAUUAAUCUUGAUGACAGCAAGCAUGAUGUUAAGAUGAUUAAGGAAUAUCAAACAGUCAAAGAACUAACAGCCGCUAAUAUUGGAGCUCAAGAAUUUAAAAUUGAAACCGAAAAUAACAAAGCACAAGAUAAAGACAGUAACUUCAAAACAGAUCCCAAAACAGAUGUUAAAAUAAAUUACGUAUCAAAAGAAAUUACAAUAGAUAGUGAAAAAGAUCAAAGCGUUAACAAAAUUGAACUGACUUUGAAAUCGCCAAUCAGAACAAUUAUGAAUGAAAAUGAUACUGACAAAGAAAGCAAUACAAACACACAAAAUAUAACAACACUUAGAAUUACACAAGAAAUUAAUGAUUUGAAAUUAAAGCAACAAUUAGAUCAAAAAUUAAAGCGACCGUAUAGUACCUCUGAUGUCAGAAAUAUGCAACUUACAAAACCUUUAAUAUCUAAAACAAAAAUAUCUGACAAUGAGGCAGCAUUAGUAACAGACGAAAAUCAGGCUGAUUUAGUGAAUAAAAAAGUACUAGCUAACACACAGAAUAAUUUAAAAAAAGAAAAUGAUAAUGAAAUGGAAGAUUUACUUGUCCAAAGAACGAAUAUAGGAGAAGAAGCAGAAGAAGAUAUUAUUAUGUUAAAGGGUAAAGUCAACAGAGUGAUAAAAAGGUUGGAUUCGAAGGAUUAUAAAACAGUCAAAAAAGAAGUAGAUGAUGUACCGAAAGAAGUCUCUGUGAUAGCUAAAAUAGCUAUGUUUGAAAGAUGUGAAACAAAGGACGCAUUAUCAAAAAGUAACGAAAGCAUUGAAUCACUUCAAGAAGACAAUGACAAACCUAAAAUUGUGAAUGAAAUUUUAAAGACAGACAUCAACCAAAAUGAACUUAACUAUAUAGACGAAUCAGCAAACGCAACAGCUUUAGAAAACAAAGUAAAUAAUGAAAAAACCAGAAUGAAUAAUGAUUUGGAGGGUAAUAAAGUUAAUAAAAGUGAAAAAACAAGUCAUUUGAAGACUAAAAAUAUUUCAAGUGAAGGAAAAAUGAUAAAUCGGACAAUUUCAAGUGUAAAUAAUGAAGUAUUUGAGAAGGAUGGCAAGUCUAGUACAGAAGUAUGGCAGGAGUAUAGAAGGAAAAAGGAGGAUUCGGACAUGCGGAGGGCUAGAUCUCUGGCCGAGCUGGACCUGGGGGACGCGGUGAAGGGGCGCGUCAAGCAGCUGGUGGUGAGGAUGAGCUCCGUGGACAGGGGGGAGGGCAGGAGGGAACAGCUGGAGGGGAGGUACAGGCCCAGGGGCGGCGCCGUGUCGCAGAGGAUCGCCAUGUAUGAGAGAAAGCUAACCCCAACCCGUGGCGAUGCCCCGCCCGUCAGACAGCCAGCCAAACCUCUCGCGACAGAAGCAAAGACCAUCAACGAGGAAGAGCUGAGAGGUAGGAUAGAAGAACUGAAGAGUGCUAAGGUGAAGUACGGCCGCUCGGAGGACGUGGCCUACAUCGAGCUGAACGACGGGGGGAAGAUGCCGGUCCUCGCUCUCGGGACUGCUAUGCUGGAGCCGGCGCUGCUAAAGCACGUGAUCCACGCGGGCAUCGAACUGGGGUACCGCGCGAUCGACUGCGCGUACAUCUACGGCAACGAGCGGGAGGUGGGCCAGGCCAUCCGGGACAAGAUACACGACGGGAGCGUCACACGGUCGGAGCUGUUCAUCAUCAACAAGCUGUGGAGCACGUUCCACCGGCGCGACCUGGUGGAGAAGGCGUGCCGACAGUCGCUGGACGCCAUGGGGCUGGACUACUUCGACCUCUACCUCAUACACAACCCCAUGUCCUUCAAGGAAGGUUCGAACCCUCUGCCCAAAAUAGCGGGGGUCUUGCAAUACUCGUCGCAUGACUAUCUGGAGGCCUGGUAUGGCGUGGAAGGCCUCAUAUCGCGGGGCCUCGCACGCAGGGGAGGCCUCAGCAACUUCAACUCGCAACAAGUGGAACGAAUCGUGGAGAAAGCGAGGAUCAAGCCUGUCAUCAACCAGGUCGAAUGCCACCCCUACCUCACCCAGCUGCGGCUGGAGGAGUUCUGUCUGUCGCGCAACAUCAAGCUGAGCUGCUUCGGCGUGCUGGGCUCCAAGGGCACCCCCGCCGAGCUGACCAGCGGCCUGGCGCCAGCCAUCGACGACCCCCUGCUCCAGGUCAUGGCUGCGGGGCUGGGGGUCACGCCUGCCCAGCUACUCAUCAGCUACCAGCUGCAGCUGGGCCGCAGCGUGGUGGUGAAGUGCUCCAGCGCGGCGCACCUGGCGCAGGCACUCGCGGUCGCUCCACCUUCAUCAUCAGCGUCUCCAUCACCAGCGCUGGUGAGGCUGCAGGCUUCACACGUGGCGGCGCUGAACGCUCUCAACAGGAACAAGAGGAUCUUCGAUUUUAAAGGAAUGGGUGAUACACACAGAAACUAUCCCUUCAGAAUACCUUUCUAAAGUAUUUAAGAUUAGUACGUAAAUAUUUAACUAUAUCAUUUUUUUCGUUUGAUAUUAUGUACCUUGUAAUAUUAGUUACCAUAGGAGAUAACAAAUAAUGCAGUAUUUAUUAACUAAUUUUAUUUUACUUUAAAAUCAGUUCAAUAGUAUAGCACUUAUUAUUUUUGAUGUGCUCCUAAGCUAAGUAUAUUUUUGUGAAAAUAUUGUUAUUUUUUACAGACAUUAUUGUGUAAUGAGCUUGUCGUCUACUGCGCAAGUAUAAGGUCAGCUGUAUAUUCAUGUUAAACUAUAUUUAAGUAGGUAUAGAAAUAAAAAACAUUUGUUACA